AUGUUUCCACUUCAAAUUUUGUCUCAUAAUAAUAUGGCACCAUCUGUUAAGAAAUCUAAACGUGAGAGUACAAGAAAGCCAAACUUGCUUGAACUUCCAGUAGAUUUGACAAAGAACAUACUCCAAAGACUUGAUACCCUUGAUAUUCUGAUAAGUGCGCGUAAUGUUUGUUCUCUGUGGUGGCACAUUUGCAAGGAUCCGUUAAUGUGGCGUACCAUUAACAUUAGUAAUGUCCAUCAUAUUCCAUAUCAUUUUUGUUGUUUGGAUAAGAUUGUUCGUCGCGCGGUUGAUCUAAGCCGUGGUCAUCUCGAAGAUAUUGAUAUUCAGUUAUUUUGUACCGAUGACCUCCUCAAGUUUAUCGCUCAUAGGGCAAGUAACCUACGGCGGUUAAAAAUAUCCAACUGCAAUAAGAUUUCAAUUAACGGGCUGAUUGAAUUUAUGAAGAUGUUUUCACUAUUAGAGGAGCUUCACAUUUCAUUUAAGCACUUAUCUAAGGAUUCUAUCCAAGUUAUUGGUCGAUUUUGCCCUCUUUUGAAGUCACUUAAUCUUGAGGUGCCGCAAUACACUCACUUUGAUUUUUAUGAUGACGUAUUUGCUAUUGGAAAAGCAAUGCCUGGACUACGCCAUCUUUCGUUUUCUAGAAUUGUGUUUAUGAAUGAUCAGUUGUUUGCCAUUCUUGAUGGUUGCCCUCUUAUUGAAUCUCUUGAUUUGCAAUACUGCCAUGUUCGUGGUUUGUGUCCAAGUGUGGAAAAAAGAUGUCGUCAGCAAAUCAAAGAUUUCCAACUUCCAAAAAAUAAUGAUUAUAAGGAAUAUGGUAAUUAUUUCGACACAUAUGAAGAUGGUUGGUGUUAUACACACAUUGAAGACUAUCGUGAUGAUGAUUGGGAGGAAGAUUUUAAAAUUGCGGAUGCAAUGCAGUUGCGUAAAGGCUUCCGCCAUCUCAGUCAGUAUUGUGUUCCAGAUUGGGCUUAUGAUUUGGGCUUGAGCCAUAACGAUAUUACACAGAUCAAGUUGAUUCUACUUUCAUUUUAA